AAUCAAUUCUAGAAUCUGCCGAUUCCGUUAAUGAAUUAAAACCGCUUUCAUUCACAUGUCGUCACUUCGCAUACCUUUGUCUCAGCGAGAUUUGGAAAAUAAGACGGUUUACAGAAGACAGUUCAUUGAACACACUUCGUAAUACACUAUCAAAUAAUCCAUUAAUGCCUUACGGAGAUUUCAUAUUAAGAUUGCAAGUGGAUGAAUAUGAUAAAGAAUCAUCGAUUUGCAUUGAUGCUGAAUUAAUUAGAUUUUUUGCUGAAAAAUGUAAUAAUCUUAAAGAAUUAAUGUUAAGAUUUGCUCUGAACAGUAAAGCGUAUUUACUUCCUUUGGAAAUGCUUGGUGAUCGAUUAACUAAUCUCUCAUUAGUAAAUUAUGAGCAUUUUGAUGAUUAUGCUGAUGGACAAGAAGAACAGAUGGAACUUUCUUCGUUGGUUAAUAGUGGACAACAAAUUUUGAAACAAGUGUAUAAUCAUUAUAAACCUUCUUCCUGUAAAGAUUCGGAUGACUUGCAAGUGGGAUCAAAAAGAGAUACCAUCGAUGAUAAUGGGAACGAUGAGGCAGAAUACCGCGAUGCGUUAAGUGAAGCCGUUAAAUUAGGAUCCGUUAAAAGUGUUCGAUUAUAUGAUCCCAAAAUGACUGAACGGGUGUGGGAAAGUUUUACGAGCAAUGCAAAAAAUUCCUUGCAAUCGAUAAGGAUAACGUUGAAUAGUCAGAAAUUAAUAGCAGAUCCAUCAACGAUUGUAUUUUUAUUUGGAAAAUAUUGUAAGAAUUUAAGAAUAUUCGAUUUUGACACAUUUAUACAUCCCAUCUCAAAAGAGUCCACGAUGAUAUUAUUGGAAAAUUGUAAAAAAUUAGAAUAUUUAGAUAUAUCAGCAUCGAGCGAAACAGUUCCAUUUUUACAUAAAUCUAAAUCAAUCAAAUCAAUAUAUUUAUCACAUACAGUAAAUGGGAAAGAUUUAAAUCAAAUGAAUGAAAGGAUGGAGAAUUUAAAAAGGUUAUCAAUUUUAAAAAUUCAGGGGAAAAGUAAUUUAUCAUUUUUGAAAAAUUUUCCAAAUUUAGAAUACUUAUCGAUCGGAGAUUUUGGUGAAAUGAAUGAAGAAGGAUUUUUAAAUGUUUCAAAGUUAAAUUUAAUCGAACUAGAAUUAGUUAAAACUCGGAACAUAUCGGAUGAAGCAUUACUCAGAUUUGGGUCAAUGAAAUCAUUAACUAAGUUUAAUAUUAGAGAUCGUUUACCUAAUGUAACGCAAGAAGGUUGGAUUAGUUUAGUUAAAAGGCCUGUCGAUUGCCCUUCUUGGCGUAUAAUAACAAUUGAUGAUGGUAGACAAAUUAAUCCUGAAUUCUUCGAAACGUUAGAACACAAUCAUCCCAAUUUAGAAUUUUUGAGAAUUAGGGGUUUUAAGUAUGAUAAUCUACUAAAAGAUGAUUCUUUUGAUAAAUCGAAAUUUAAGGAAGCUUGGUGGCAUUAUAAAAAUAAUUCUUAUACUCCUACUCCUAUUAUUUAUUGGCCUAUUAGAUACAACAAGCAGAAGCCUGGUAAGAAACAAAAUCAAAUUUUGAAAAAGGAAAAUGUUUAUUCUACUUUCGAGCAAGAUGAUUCUUAUUAG